GACGUCCAUUUAAUCCGAUCGUCCGUCGUCGUCGGUUGGUCAGAAAUCGUUCUACUUUUGAUAAACAAAAAUCGCUGGUCGGAUUUUUUCCCUGUUGUAAUAUAACAUUGCUGCUGUUUUGUUCCACGUAACAAGUAAAAAGAUCAAUUUAUUUUACAAGUCUAAUCUCGUUGUGUCGCGCAAGUGUUAUGAUUUCGGUACCACAAAGUUGGUAAAAGUAAAAUUUACUGUGCAAAGUAAUAUGGAUUAGAGAAUUAGUGCAAUUUCUCCAGCUGGUAGGGGGAAUAAAUUAUUUGUGUCUGGAUUGUUUUUUUUUGGGGGAAAUCCGGACCUUAUCGCUCACGGUUUGGUGUAAAUCAUUUUGGCAAAGAUGAGACCAAGGAAAACAUUCCUGAUUGCGGCCAUUCUGGUGGGAUGGAUUUUUACGACGUACCUAAUUUUUAUGAAAAAUUUCAAAGUGGCCAAUCCGGAAAAGCACCACGAGCUGCUGAAUAAGAUCCAAUACCUGGAGCAAAAUCUCCAGGAUGCUAACAACAACCGGGACAAGCUGUUCCGGGAAAUUAUUGACAUAUUAAAACAGGAAGACAAAACAACUAGUACCGAGGCAGGUGCCCUGAUGGCCGAUAACAAUGUAGACGGAAUAGGGGAAGGUCCGGAACAAGUGGAGGAAGUUCCUUCAAAACCGGAAGCUGAAAUGAUCCUAAGCAAAUUCCAACAGAAAUACGUCGAUGAUGACGUAAAGAGGCCUGUGAUACCGGUGCUAGUGUUUGCCUGUAAUCGACCAUCGGUUAACAAAUGUCUGGACGAUCUAAUCCGGUAUCGGCCUCGGUCGGAUCAGUUCCCUAUAAUCGUAUCCCAGGAUUGCGACGAUGAGUCCACUCGAAACAUGAUUCUAUCGUACAAAGAAAACGUGACCCUCAUCCGGCAACCGGACCAAUCGGACGUCACGGUUCUUCCGAAGGAGAAGAAAUACAAAGGGUAUUACAAAAUCUCCCGGCACUAUGGAUGGGCGCUGAAGACAGUUUUCAAGCAGGGCUUCGAGGCAGUCAUCAUAGUGGAGGAUGAUCUCAGCAUAGCUCCCGACUUUUACGAAUACUUCCUGGGUACUUAUCCGAUCCUGAAAAAGGACCGGUCCCUGUGGUGUAUUUCCGCCUGGAAUGACAACGGAAAGGAGGGGUUGAUCGACGGGAACGCCGGAGAUCUGCUCUAUCGAUCGGACUUCUUUCCGGGACUCGGCUGGAUGUUGGCGAAGGAGCUGUGGAACGAGUUGGAACCCAAGUGGCCGAAAGCCUUCUGGGACGACUGGAUUCGCCAACCGGAACAGCGCAAGGAACGGGCCUGCAUCCGGCCGGAACUGCCCCGAACGCGAACCUUCGGCAAAGUGGGCGUUUCCAACGGCCUUUUCUUCGACAAGCACCUCAAGUACAUCAAACUAAGCGAAGAGUUCGUCAGCUUCACCAAGCUAAACCUGACCUAUCUGCAGAAGUCAAUUUACGAUGAAGCAUUUAUGGGUACCGUAUAUCAAAGUCCGGUGGUCACGUUGGAAGAGCUGAAACGGGGCCAAGUAACGACCAAGGAUCCGAUACGGAUAACGUAUCUCACCAAAGAGCAGUACAAACGGGCCACCAAAAGUCUCGGUUUGAUGGAUGAUUUCAAGAGUGGAGUUCCCCGCACGGCCUACAGGGGCGUGGUGUCUUUCUUCUACAAUGGCCAGCGCGUUUACCUAGCCCCGAAGGUUAGCUGGAAAGGGUACGAUCUGACCUGGAGUUAACAGCAUAAACGACUUGCCCCACCGAGACCAGUAGCAAGUUUCCGCAUUUUCCUUAGCCGCCUUUUUAAACUUCAUUGAAGUUUGAGAUAGAGGGUGCGCGCAUUAUUCGCGAAACGAUUGGGGCUAACCAAAAAAAUUGGAAGAAGCCGAUAAAGAGGAGAAAAACCAUAAAACAACAUGCCAAUUUUUCUAUAGCUGAACCUGAACCUGCGAACGGUAGUCCGUACACACGUACGCAAACAGACUGAUUCCGCCAUCAAACCCACACACAAACUUAUACCUAACUGUUGUCCUUCCCCCGGCUCAAGUAUCGAAGAUGCUCAACAAACACAACCAAGCGUAAACUAAAUAUUCCUGAAACGGCAAUAAUACAGCAACCCCAUUCGAUAACGCAUCUCCACAACAAAUAACUUAAACAAGUUUCCAUUACGUAUGUAUUACUUGAGUACAACUUUCCACUAUAACUUGAUAGAUCAUAAUUUUUUUACGACUCAAAAUAUAUAGAUGUCUUAUAAUUUAGGGCAAAAUCGUUCGCUUGAAACUAAGAAAUACGAGAUAAUUAAAAUUUCGUAUUUCACAUAAAUUUGUUAAUAUUGAAUCUUCUGAAAGUAGGUUUAUUUUUUUGUGAAAUUUCAAAUCCUCUGUUUUAAACUACGUUCUUAGAUAAAGCCUUAAAUAUACAGUUUUGUAUGGCAUUUUGCGAACAAUUUUGCUUAAGAUUAAAGAUCAAACACAAUUUUGAUAAAUUUUCAUUUUUGGUUCAUGAAUUGGCUGGCACAAUAUUUGUGCUUAAAAACUAUGCAUAUAAAAAAUAAGAAUGAUUGUUUUACGUUAACAAAAAUUUGGUUGACAAUCAUCGGUUUAGAUUUUAAUUUAUUUUAAAUCUAGAUUUUUGUAACGCUAACCCAAUCCAACAAACGUGCGAUAGGAAGCGAAAUAAUUGUUAUAGAAAAGAAUUUUAUCAACAUCAAGUAGAAAACUUUGAUACUAGUCAACUGCCUGCAAAGGGUAAGGACAAAAUAUGUUAUUUGAUUUAUGGUAGCUUACUACAGAUACAGACACAUAGGCAUUUCGUUGUUGCUUUUUAUAGUCGGGAACACGGCGGCAUUAACCUUACGACACACCACGUUAAGGUAUAUAGUUUUAAGUAAGUAUGAUGAUAGACAGAGAGCUGCACGUGAUGAAGCAAUACUUGUACUAACAUUGGAUAUAAUUGAAAAAAGGAAACAAAAACUCAACAGCGCUUUCUACAAGGGAGUUUGAAGUAAAAAUUGGCAAAUAGAAGCGGCCGUUGUAAAUAUACCAAAAAUGAAAAACAUACAUUACUAAUAUGGAAAUAGUUUAUGUUUAAAAGUAAAUAAACCAUAAAAAUAGCAUCAUUAUCGUACUAAAUGUUUUCCUUACAAAAUUCAUUUGGGUGCUCGAUGAAAGUACCGAUUGAUUUAUUAUUUAAGUACCUACAAAAUUCGUUUUUGAACGAUUGGCAUUGAAAUGUUCUACUUUAAACUACAGAAGAAGAUUGGAACGAUAACAAUAUGAAAAAUCCAGAAAUAUACUUUUUUUCAUACUUGGGGGUGCAAUCGAUCUCAACAGAUCUAUUAUGUCAACAUUCUCUUAAGCUUAAAAAACGCUACUAGAAUUAUACAUUGAUAGUGUAAAUGGUAUUGCAUAUUAUAUGUACAAUGUCAUUCUAAUAACACAAGAAAAUAUAAAAGUGAC